GCGAGCAGCCGCCGUCGGCCCGUCGUCUGCCGCCGCAGCCCGAGCCGCAUCGUGACACACGCGAUCCGAACCUUUGUUUAUUGUCAAACGCGCGCUCGAGCUACAGCUGUUCCUAACAUUACCUACCUACUUCGACUUGUCUACUUCUUUCGGGACAAUAUUGUAUAAGGUGAUUUGAGUUAGCAGUGCAUAGAGAUCUGUGUUUCGAGACGUGUAUUUACGGAGUGUAGAUGGGGCGCUCGGCAGGCCCCUGAAGCGGUCGGUGCGGUGCGCGCGCCUCGGCGGCGAGCGGCUCGACCAUGGCGGCUACGGCCCGCCGCGAAAUCGACACCGGGGAGGAGGAUAUCGCGGCUAUAGCGAAACAGAUUUCAGACCACGCAGAGGCCAUAUACCAAACCUGGAAAGCGCGAGGUCUUGCGCCCACUGAAAUAUUGUCGUGCAGGCCCACGCCUGGACUUAAGCUUACGGAUAGCAUUCGAAGUAAGCCUAGAACUGAACCUAAACCUGAAAUAAAGCAGCGGCCUGAACUCAGGCGCGACCGGCUGGAGGUGACCAGACCUGACGGUCGAAGAGAGCAACUACCGGAUUCAUAUAAUGAACAGAGAUCGGAACAGGAGGAUGAGACUAUAGAAGUUACCUUACCUCCGGACCUGGUGCCCGAGCGCAACGGGACCUGUGGCGCGGGCGCCGGCGCCCGGCGCGCCGACCCUGCCGCCAUGCGACUGGAGGUGGCGCGCGAAGAAGAGCGCCUGCUGCGUGCGCUUCGAACCGGCGGUGUCGUAGCGGAGCGCACGGCUGAGCGGCCUGACGUGGUGCCCCCCGUGUCUUUAGUUGACUAUGCUAAGAGCCGAUACCAGGACCGCCUAGAGACCGGCGCCCGCAAGCCGGCUGCCGGCGCGAGCGGCGAGCGGCGCGCGUCGCUGGGCUCGCACGUGACCGAAGCGCGUUCAAAGUUUGAAGCGCGAGCGCGGCGCGCGUCUAGUGCCGGUGCUGGCGAGCCGGCCGCGGCCGCAGGCGGCGCGACGCCCGUGCGCCCCUUCCUGACUCGAGGCUCCGUGGCCGAACGAGUGCUUAUGUUUGAACGCUGUCCCAGCGAAGCUACCCUAGAAUUAGCCAAGAGAAAAUCACCGGCAGCUACAACAUGGCGAGGACCCCACGAUGUUAUCAACAGAGCACAGAGUUAUGCAGCGUCGACGCCCCCCAAGGUGUCGUCGGCGCCGGCGCACACGACGCUGCAGCGGUCGGUGCGCGCGGCCGCGGCGGCCAGCGGCGCGCCCGCGCGCGUCAUCCCGCGCUUCCACUUCCCCAAGGGCCGGCCGCCGCCCGCGCACCAGCAGGAUCACGCCAUACACAAAGUGCAGUCCGCCUUCGCCACAUUUCCUAAUAGCCAGGUACCGCGAGAUAGCUUCAAGCACAUAGUGAAGGCCUGCGAAUGUCCCCUCUACUGGAAGAUGCCUCUCUUCCUGACCACGCAGCAGAGUUUGCACGCACCAGUCGACGGACACAAAUUCAUCAACUUUUGGAGAGAGAUGACGUCGCAAUGCCACGACCUGGCGUCCCGGUUCGUGUACAUCCUGACGCGCGGCAAGAGCAACGUGCUGGCGCCCGAGGACUUCGUGCCGCUCGUGCAGGACGUCGUGGACACGCAUCCCGGCCUCUCCUUCCUCAAGGAGGCCACGGAGUUCCACUCCAGAUACGUACAUACUGUGAUCGCUAGGAUAUUUUAUUGCGUAAAUCGAUCGUGGUCCGGAAAAAUAACAAUCGCCGAAUUGAAACGAUCUAAUUUACUACAAGUCAUUCAUUUAUUAGAAGACGAGGAAGAUAUUAAUCAAGUUACUCAAUAUUUUAGUUACGAGCAUUUCUAUGUCAUUUAUUGCAAAUUUUGGGAGUUGGACCGAGAUCACGACCUUUUCAUAGACAAACACGACUUAGCGAGGCACAAUGACCACGCGUUGUCAAGUCGCAUGAUCGAACGGGUGCUGUCGGGCUGCGUGACGCGCGGCAGCCAGAACCGCCUGACGCCCGACGGCGAGCCGCGCAUGUCCUACACCGAGUUCGUGUGGUUCCUGCUCGCCGAGGAAGACAAGACGCACCCCACCGCCAUCGAGUACUGGUUCAGGUGUAUGGACAUGGACGGCGACGGAUACCUCUCGAUGUACGAGCUGGAGUACUUCUACGAGGAGCAGAUGCAGCGCAUGGAGGCCAUCGGCAUCGAGACGCUGCCCUUCAACGACUGCCUCUGCCAGAUGUUGGACAUGGUGCACCCGACUGUUGAGGGCAAGAUCACAUUGUCCGACCUAAAGAGGUGUAAGCUGACGCCGAUAUUCUUCGACACAUUCUUCAACCUGGAAAAGUACCUGGACCACGAGCAGCGCGACCCGUUCGCGACGCAGCGAGACGCAGACUCCGAGAUGUCCGAGUGGGAUAGAUUCGCCGCGGAGGAGUACGAGCUCUUGGUCGCAGAAGAAGGCGGCAGUGAUGCCCAGGAUCAAAUCUCAUACGAUGAGACGGAUGAAGACUGUUUAUCGCCUAAUCUAGAAGAGUUGAGUAACACGGACGCCGUGGAGGAGUCGAGCGUGGAGGAGUCGACGGCGAGCGAGCCGGCCGCCGCCGCCCGCGCGGCCGCGGCCGGCGCGCGCCCGCGCCAGCCCGCCGCGCCCGGCUACGUCAACCUCAGCUCCAUAUACACCAUCGGCGCCGCCGACCGGUGGCCCAACCAGCCCACGCCCAGAGACGGAGCCCCCGAAAAACACCUUCCAGAAAAACCCGUCCCUCCAGAAAAACCCGUGAGCUUAAUGAUGGUAAACGGAAAAGCCGACAACAGGUACGCCGGAUUCGGCGGCAACAACAGUUUUCUCUACUCGCACUUACUGGGAGGCCCGGGCGGAGCACGCGCGAAAGACCCGCCGCCUUACAGCGCCGCGACAGGAGGAGCUCUUUUCGAUAAAGCGGGCGCUUCCCCGAGUAAGGGCAGCAAGGCGAUGAGCCCCGUGAACGGCGUGAACAAGAUCUCGGACAACUACGAGCGCGCGGUGGCGGAGCGGCUGAGCCCGCACCGCGAGCCGGGCCGCCUCAACCGCAGCGCGCUCUUCAGCCAAGUGAACACGGGCGUGGUGGCGGGCUCCGUGCGCCGCGGCGCGCGCGCGCCCGACGACGACGACGACUACGCGAGGGACAGUGACGAGUGCUCGAUUUAAUGUGACACGCGUCGCCUCCGUGUACUUGACGGUCCUUCAUAUUUAUGAUUUCCUAUUACUACCCACAGUGAACACCAAAGAUUGCGUAAACAAAUUGCAAUGUGAAAUUUGUUAAAACGGUACUAAGAGUUCUAGAUUCCGGUAAACCUUCUCGUAUCCGGAUGAACUCUCUCAGUUGUCUAAAGUCUGGGGCAGUCGUUCUCACUGCGGAUUCGAAGAGCCCACGCACCAGGCGCGCAGCAGGGAGAGGAGGCGCCGGGCGGGCUGCACUCGCACCGCGAGGGACACUAUUAGCAACUACGCAACAGAACUGUGCAAUUAACUGUUUAGUAUAUUUAUCGUGUUUUAAGAGCAUGUACAAUUUCAUGCUGAAAAUAAUAUCGUAUAGACUAGUUUCCGCAUUUUAUUAAUGUUAUUUAGAUAGAGUUGUCAUAUAUUAUGUUUAGCAACUUACCUACACUUUGCCAGUGUUUUUGACUAACUUAAUUAGUUAUUUAUAUUUUAUUUAAUCUACGUCUCAAACUAAGCAUAUCAAGUUAUUUUACUGAUUUUCAUUGAAUUUUUAAUAUUUAUUCGUAGAUAGAUUUACUAAGAUUACUAUAAUAAUUUAGUGAUUGAAUGUAUAAUUGUAUAUGCAUAAUGUAUCCGUCAUCGUAUAGAAUCUCUCAUAUCAUUGCUCCAUCCAUUGAUCGCCCCUCAUAACGGUGCGGACCGAUCUCUGCGAGACUAAACCUCGACCCUGCGACUGCGUGUCUAUGAGUGGGUGAAUGAGUAGAGGUGAAUGAGUACUUGAGUACCCACACUGAACUCAAGGAGUUAUUAAAACCGCGCCAUACCGAGGAAGAGUAUGGUACUUUGUGUUUUACUCCUUGAGUUCAGUGUAAGGACUCCCCGUUCAUACGGAAUGAACGUGGUGGUUUCAUGUGAAGCCUGGUCUCGCAGGGAGCCUCUAACAAAAAUCGUCCAUUUCGCCUCAUCGCCACGUGAACUCAUUAACUCAGUAGUUACAAUAAACACGCACAGAAUUAUUACUUUACUAAAGACAUAGAAACAAAUAUUUUUGAUAACUACUAGCGACUGGAUGACACAGUAGGUGUAAAUACGUACCACUUCGCGAUUCGAUGAUGAUAGUGAAAAUAACGAGUAGGUAUGUAUAAAGCGGUGUCAAAUUAAAUUAUUAAAUGUAGACGUGAUAGUAAAGGAAUAAAAUAAUAUAGAAAUAUUGCUAAACCCCAUGUAUCAAGAAAAAUCACACUGAGACUACUACUAAUAGUACACAUUUUUAAAAAUCGAAUGGAAAUGUUCGUUAAAUGUCUCAUUUAAACGAACAGAAACCUACCAAUUCACCAUAAAACGUAAUAAUUAAGAAUAUAAGUAGAUAUUACCUUAUAACAAGUGAUUACAACUAAGAAGUGAUUAAUAGUCGCCUUAAAUUUUUAUAUCUGGUGUAGAUACUGCUCCUUACGAGCUAGCGCGAGAGCGUCGCACGUCCCACGCAACCGGGUAGCUUCGGUUCAAGAUUCGCUAACAGCACCGCCAAUUUCAUUAUUUGUAGGUAUUCAUAUUAUAUUUGAAUAAAACGCAUAUCGUCUAGUGAACAAAAUACAAUAGACGUACCUAACCAUUUCGGUCGUGUUUUAAUUUAUCGCCAUUCGUUUCGAAUUUAUUCUUGUCCGUACACGUUUAGUAAUGACUUACUUUCCACACUAGCGUCGAAAUAUUUUAUUUUCUUCCUAAAAUUUGUAGGUCAAAAAGUAAACUUAAAACCAUUAUUAGUAGGUAUACCAAAGACCUACGUCUGUCAAUCGGUCGGUAUUCCAUUACGUUACCCGUGUGACUUAUAUCCCUAACAGAUAGUCCAGUUGCGCUUACGGCGACAGUAGGGUAGGUCUUGCAUUACGAGUACUCUAGUCUAGUCUACAGGUGCUAAAUACAGGAUAGCAGUUAACUACUUUGUUCUGAAUAUAAUUAUCAUCACUGAAUGGUCAAGAAACAUUAAUGAAAUUUCCCGACCGUUCACUAGAACUUUGAGUAAACGAAUCUCUGUUAAUAACUGAGCAUGCUCUAUCAGCAUGGCCAGCACUCAGUAAAAUAGGUGUCCAAGGACUUAACGUUAAGACAGAAUUGUCGUUAUUUGCUUCUCUGUCACAUGAAUACAGAAGAGUAGAAAGUACGAGUAAAAUAGCGCAAUUUCGUUUUACGCGCUAGGCUCUGUAUGUAACCGUAAUAAUUAAAAAUCUCAGUUUUAUGUAUACGUUACGUAUUUGUAAUUGCUGUGAGGUAUGUAGGUAAGCGAUAAGAUACCUGGUUUAAAAAUACCGAAUUUUGAAUGUUAUUAUUAUUGAUAUUAUAGACUAAUUUUGUACGUCAUUUUGGCAUUUAAUGUUGUCAAAGCGGAACCCAAGCUCUCUUGAGCCGUGGCGAAUGCCGGAAUAACGCAAGGAGGAUGAUGAUGAUGAUGAUUUUGGCAUUUAAUGAGGCAUUAAGAUUGGUGUUAACACUUAAGUUUUUCUGUUUCAUACCUGGCUAAAAAUAUAACUAGGUAGGAAGAAAAGACAAGAAGCUAUAAUCACGCAAAUCGAUUACAAAAAGUAAUUAGGUAUACCUACUUAUAUUAUGUACCAUUAAGAUUCAGGUAUAGGUAUGAUAUACUUACCAUGAAACAAUAUAUUUUGUUAUCACUACCACUUGAAGUUGUUUGAGUCGCCAUCAGACAUAUCUGAGCAGCCGGGCGCGCACAAAUGUCUGAACCUUAUCGCCUUGACAAUAGAGGCGUGUUCAGAUAUUUUACCAACUUGACCGCUCCGAUAUAUCUGAUGGCGACUUUACCUAUACCAAUAUAAAUAUAUUCUAAUUAUGGUAAAAAAAAUAAAGUAGGUAACUAAUUUGUGGUCUCAAUUCUGCCUAUUAUUCGAACAUUACGAUAAUUUUAAUAGUCCUUUCUGCCGAGCACGUUUACAGGCGUCGCUUCAUCAGCGUUGAUUAUGAUUACACUUCAAUUCAUAUACUAGGGUACCUACUUCGCGCAAAAUUUUCAGUGUAAGGCCGUUUUCACAUUAUCCGAUCCGAUAUCGGAUGUCGGAAGGAUUUCAAUAGAAAAAAUCCAAGAUGGCGCUUGUAAUGUAUGGGAUAUCGGUCCGACAUCCGAUAUCGGAUCGGAUAAUGUGAAAACGCACUAAGACCCCAUGUAUACUGAAAAUCGACUUUACGAGUAAAUUCAAUUUAAUGUAAACUUGCCAAAAAACAAAAAACCUUUGAAAGGACUGCUGCAGACGAGCUGAUGGAGUUGCCUACGGAUAGUUACCAUCAAGCGGGCUGUGUGCCUGUGCGCGUUUGCCACCGACCGUACCGUACCGUAGUAUAAAGAAAUUCCCUAUAAACAAUCAUAAAAGCUAUUGAAUAUAACGCAUAUGUUUUGCAUAUGUAUUAAUGAAUACAUUUUUUAUGUAUAAUAUAAUAUUCACUUACGGAUGUUAUUACGGACACAACAAUGCAUCUUACUGUGUUACUGUUAUGUUUGUAACUGUUCUACUUACCUAUUACUCAUUAUAUGUGGCGUUCUAUGUCUACAGACGAAGGAGUCUUGUCUGAUGGUAAGCCACGUAUGUAUGAUUAUUAUUUGUGUUAGGCAAAGAGGAUCGAGUAUUAUAGAGAGUUACUGUCGAAGUAAAAUGUGUAAUCACAGUGCAUAAACCGCCAUCUCUUGACACAGGCUUAAAACGUUUGAACCUCAGU